CAUAUUAAAGACGUAGACAGCACUUUCACUAUUCUUCUUUCAAUUUCCUGUUUGUUCUCUUUAUACCUAAGUCCCUAGUAUUUAUAUCCCCUGAAGAAGGUCAGACGGUCAAGAGGACAUUUAGAGAUACUAGAAGUCAUUUGUUUACAGAUUAUAUAUAUAAAUAUUUCCUUUGGGGAUCAUUUUUUCUUCAUCUCAAGACAAUCUUUGCAGGGAAAAAAAAAAAAAAAAAAAGGAAAAAAUGGGAGAUAGGCUGCGCUUGGCAGUUGGAGUCAUGGGCAAUGCAGCUUCUUUGUUACUUUAUGCUGCACCCAUAUUAACUUUCGCAAGGGUGAUAAGGAAGAGAAGCAUUGAAGAGUUUUCAUGUGUUCCUUACAUUGUUACACUGGGAAACUGUCUCCUCUACACUUGGUAUGGGUUGCCUGUUGUAAGCUGCAGAUGGGAAAACUUACCUUUAGUCACCAUCAAUGGUCUAGGCAUUUUCUUCGAGAUAUCUUUCAUUCUCGUAUAUUUUCGGUUUGCUGAAACCAGAGGAAAGAUAAAAGUUGCUAUUACGAUAAUUCCUGUCAUCUUAUAUUUCGCGGCCACGGCAGCUAUCUCAUCUUUCGCAUUCCAUGAUCACCAUCAUCGCAAGUUAUUCACCGGUAGCGUUGGGUUACUUGCCUCUGUUGGAAUGUAUGGUUCUCCACUGGUGGUUAUGAAGCAAGUUAUAACAACGAAGAGCGUGGAGUUCAUGCCCUUCUACCUGUCAUUCUUCUCAUUUCUUGCAAGUUCUCUUUGGCUGACUUAUGGUCUACUAAGCCAUGAUCUGUUUAUCGCGUCCCCUAAUUUCCUGGGUGUUCCGUUUGGCAUCAUCCAACUGGUGUUGUACUUCAUAUAUAGAAAAUGGGGUGUCAUGGAAGAACCAAAAGAUCGGGAUUUAGAAAGAGAUAAUGGAGAGAAAUCCAAGCAGUUGAAGCUGGCAGUUGAUGAAAAUACUAAUGGCGGCAAGUGUUGAAGAAUCGCAGUACCCAACAAGGACUCAUAAACGAUGUUCCUUUUCUGGCUGAAAAUUAUUAUUUAUUGCUAGUCAAAUUCAAUAAUAUACAAAAUGGGGAGGCAGUAAGAGCAAUUGAAGUUGUAUAAUUAAAGAUAUCUGUAGUGCCAUAAUGAAAUGCUAUUUAAUGGAAUUAAGUUAUUUACUGGAUCAAA